AUGAACUCGGGAUAUGAGAUCCCAGUUCUAGGAUUUGGAGUCUAUCAAACGCCUCCCGAAAAAACCGAGAAGGCCGUGUUGAAGGCUCUCCAAGUUGGAUAUAAACAUAUCGAUUCUGCGAAGUCAUAUCGCAAUGAGGCCCAGUGCGGAGCGGCUGUUCGUGCCUCUGGCCUCAAGCGCUCAGACGUUUUCUUCACGACAAAGGUACCAUGGCAGGCUAUGGGCUAUCAGAAGACUAAGGACUCAAUAGAGUCCAGUCUCAAGGCAGCCAAUUUUGAUUAUAUCGAUCUUAUCCUCCUUCACGCCCCAUAUGGCGGAUCGGAAGCGCGCGAAGGAUCGUGGCGUGCUCUUGUGGAAGCCCAAGUAGAGGGCAAAGUACGCUCCAUUGGGAUUUCUAACUAUGGCGUCCACCAUCUCGACGAACUGGAGGAAUAUAACAAAGACCUUGGCGGGAAAAUCGACGUUGGUCAAUAUGAACUGCACCCUUGGCUCGCCCGUCCUGAUAUCGUUGAAUGGUUACAAAAGCGCAAUGUCGUUAUUGAAGCUUAUAGUCCCCUCGUGCAAGCAACAAAGAUGGCGCAAAUCCUCCUUCGAUGGAGCUUGCAGAAGGGCUUUGUUCCUCUUCCCAAAUCCGUGCAUGAUAAUCGAAUUGAAGAGAAUUCUGAAAUUUUUGACUUCGAACUCUCCCCUGAGGACAUGGAGACUCUGAACACUGGCGAAUAUCACCAUGUUUGCUGGGACCCCACCGUGAGCAGGGACUAA